AUGUUCAAGUGUCAAAAAAGGCCCGGCACACAACAUUCUGUAACUUUUUUUUUAUUAUUUUUUUCACUUUUUCCUUCCUUUUUUUUUUUAAGCACUAGCUUGUGCUUUGCGAACAGAAUCAAGACAUUAACAAAGAUCAGCUUCUCUGAAGAAAAGCAUUUCUAUAGAACAAAGACAGCUACAUGUUUCGCUGCCAAUACACAGCUCAAAGCAGAAAAAGAAAAUAUUUACAAAAUACAAGGUGGUUUUUUUUUUCCGUUUUUGUUUUUGUUGUUGUUUUUUUUUUUUUUUUACAAUGCUAAAAGGGUUAUUCAGAAUUUUCAACCUUAUAAAUAG